CCUCGGUACAGGAAGAAUAUCCAACUCGUCACCAUGAGCGCCGCAGCAGCAUCUCCAUCGAAGAAAGUAAAGAAGGCAAGCAAGCCAAAGGCUCCAGCAGCUCAUCCUAAAUAUGAAGUUAUGAUAGCUGCAGCUAUCGCAGCACUGAAGGAGAAAGGUGGUUCAUCAAAAAUCGCCAUCAAAAAGUACAUUCUUGGCAACUACAAGGUCGCUGAUGACAACAAAUCCAGUGCCCUCAUCAAAGCUGCUCUCAAGAGAAGCGUUGCUAAGGGUGCACUGAAGCAAGUCAAAGGCACCGGAGCUUCUGGCUCAUUCAAACUUGGAGAAAAGCCCAAGGCAGUCAAGAAACCAGCAGCCAAGAAAGUAAAGAAACCAAAGGCUGCAGCAGCUAAACCAAAGAAAGCCUCCGGCGAAAAGAAAGCAAAGAGUCCAAAGAAAGCCAAGAAGCCCGCAGCUAAGAAACCUGCAUCCAAGCCAAAGGCCAAGACCCCCAAAAAGGCAGCCAAGAAGCCAGCAGCUAAGAAACCAGCAGCAAAAAAGCCCGCAGCUAAGAAAGCAGCCAAGAAGCCCGCCAAGAAGUAAACACUUUUCAGUGUUUGGUCGUAACUGACCCCCAACCCUAAAAGUCCUUUUCAGGACUACCCACUUUUCUCAAAAAGUGUCUAAUGACAUCUCGAAUUACGCUAUGCACUUUAUUUCAGCAAAGCAUGCCCUGGGUGAAUUAUAAUGUAAGUAUUUUUUAUCUGAAUACAAUGAAUGCACUUGGCUUUGUUAUAUAUAGAUACUAUUUACAAUUGUCGUAAUUGAACUGAAUUUGAUCAACAACGUAGGACUACAUCAGAAGUGGGUUUUUUAAAAAUGACAAUUAUCUCAAAUGGUAACAUUUUGAAUGAUGAUAUUAGUUAGGCUGACAACAGUUCGUACGAUGGAAAACAGCUGGUCGAAAUUAAAAUAGCAAAAUGUUCUAUCAAUGUUUCUUUAGUACUUUUAUCAUAAAAUUCUUCGUGAUAAUAUUACAGAAGAGGAUAUGUUUUAAAUAAGUAAAUGUCAUAUUAAACUAUUCUUGCAUGUAAGAAUA